UUUUGGAUAAAUAGAAGGUGCACAAGGUCUUGCCGGAGCAUUGAACCUUCGCUCACCAUUCGGUCUGCAACCGUAUUACAUAAUCAAUCUAAAGAAAAAUUCACAAUGAAGAACGUCGUGUUUAUUUUCGCUGCCUUGUUGGCGGUUCUUGGAUCCGCAGAGGAGUCGAUGGAGAGCGGCGAAACGUUCGUGCAAGACGAUCCAUUUGCCCAGCGUGCGUUCUUUUACUAUCCCACUGGAGCGGGAGGCUUCCUCAAUCGAGCAGCUACUCCUCCACAAUCUGCGAUCGAUUUCGUCGAUAGCCCGUUCGACAUUGCACCACAAGCUUCGGCUCAAGAUAUGGUGCCCAAUCCGGCUGCUUAUUUCGUCCCGACAUCCGAUCUGCUGGCCAUGCCCUACCCGUCCAAAAUCGACCAGGAAGCUGAUGAGAAAGCGGCGAUGAAACACUUGGAAAUGCUGAAAGGCUUGCACGAUGAACUGGAGAAAACUGAAGAGAAAUUUCUGAAGCCCAGCAUGUCGUUCGGUGGCAACGCCGUAACACUCCCGACGAACGCGUUCAUGUCACUUUUGCAUAAGCUCUCCAAAACAGUAACAAAAACUGUUGUUACUACGCAAUUUACGACCGUGUUUGUUAGUGUUAGUCCCAGCAAGAACACGACUGAAACAACUGCUUCUGUCACUGCCCUUCCUAGCAGCACCGAUAUUACAGCGACCAGUACUCCGACUGUGACCGUAGAAACAACGUCUACUGUUCUCGAAACAAUUUCGAAGACUGUUGAAUCAACUCCAUCGGCGAUUGAAACGACAACCGCCGCAACAACCAGCGCAGUUGUCGAACCAUCAUCUACAGCUUCUUUGACAGUAACGACCACCCCACCUUUGAUUAUUGUCACUACAAUCACAUCGACCAUCCUAUAAAAACUUUAAUUGCAGUAUGAUGUAUUGCUCAUUGCUCAACUGUCAAGUUCCUAAUUUUGAGGAGUCUCUUCUCUAUGCGCCAAGUAUACGUUUCGCUCAAAACUGUAGUCCUUUUCGACCAUCCAAUACAAUGCGUUCAAAAACUUA